AUGAUAGUCAAAGUAGCUCAUUUAAUUGCUAUUCAAGAGGAUUCGAUUCGUGAUAAGCUUACAUCGAAUAAUAUUCAUGCUAUGUUUACGGACUUUCUCGCUGGAUUGGAACGAAUGGAAAAAAGUGGUAUGACAACAAACAUGUUUUUGGAUGCUGUGGAAGACGUUGUUCAUGCUGUGCUAUUAAUUGUACCUCAUAAAUUACUUGAUAUCAAAGUUGUUACUCAUCCACUUUUACAUCUUAUUCGUCAAAUGUUAAUUACACUUAUAGAUAAUCACUGUACAUCACGUUUAUCCUUAAACAUUCAAGAGAGAAAUAUACUUCUCAAUAUAAGCAUUAUUUUUGUUCGUGCAGCUGAACAAGCAACUGUAAUCAAUACGGAAAAAGAUAAAAAAGCAAAGAAAGAUUUAUUAACAAUAAAAGAAUUUUCAUAUCAUGCACGCGAGCUAUUAGAUUUCGCUGCUUUAAAUGACAUCGCUCCCGCAGAUGAUUGUAGUGUAUGUUCAUUGAGUAUAUUAACUUUAAAAUUAUUAACCGGACAUCCAUUCUUUUACAUUACCGAGCAACAUCAAAAGCUCAUUCAUUAUUUGGUAAUGGAUUGGCUUGACUCGUAUGAUUUUACACAAGCAGUACAUCGGCUAGAACAUGGUGAAAAAAUUGCAGACAUCGAAGUGACUAUUCUUUUUACAUGCUGGGAAUAUAUUUGUUCAUCAUUUUUGAUCAAACAAGAUUGUUCGGCAAGUAUCACUUCAAUCGAUCUUAUUCAGGAUAUUUGUGAUGAACUUUUAACACGAUUAGAAUAUGCUCUUGAUCAACCACCACCUAUCGCGCCUAAGGCAUUGGCUCAUAUUUUCAAACGUUGCCAACAAUUGCUCACAGUUCACAAUCUUUCUUCUUUUGAUAAACAUGCACAAAAUAUUAUUGAUCGUUUAACUAGAAUGCUAAGAAAUCCUUUACCAACAAAUGCCGACGAUGAAGCAUUGAUCAGCGUUGCCUUGAAAUCAUUUUAUAAUUUAUCACAAAACUAUGACGUUCGUACUAUAAUGAGAGGUCGUCGUUUAACACCUCUAUUCCAUAAAUAUGAAACUACUCAGGUAGGCGAAAAACAAAAAUUAGCAUUAGCUAUUCUUGCAGAAAUUAUGAACGAACAAGAAAUUAACAAUAAUCCAAGUGAAAUAACAAAUUUCUUCCUCAAUCAACUCAAACAACUGAAUCCAAAUGAAUACAAUUCAAAUCUUGAUAAUACAUUGUCCAGUCUUGAUGUCUUGAUGCAAUAUGAACAGAUAAAAACAAAAUUCAUUGAACUCGGUGGUUUUGAAAGACUGACUUCUUUUGUUCGUGAUGGUAAUCCAGAGAUGCAAUCAGAUAAACAACUCGAAGAUGCAAUCAGAAUCCUUCGAUCUUGUACAUUCAAUAAUCAUGAAGCAUCCAAUGUAUUGAAACAAGACGAAAAACUCAUGGUGCGUGUUAAUGAUUUGCUGGAGAAAUCAAAAGAAAACGAAAAUGUAACAUUACAAAAGGUAGCGGAAGGUUUCAUGUGGAAAGUAGAAAAAGAAGAGAGGUUCAUAGAAGAGCGAGCCGCUCAAGCUGAAAAGAAAAAACAAGAAAAACAAAGAAAAGCUGAAGAAAGAGGUGUUCAACAACGAGAAGCGGAAGAACAAACCGAAGAGGAAGAGAAAGAAGAAGAAGAAGAAAAAUAUGAUCUCAUGAUAUCUUAUUGUUGGGCUGAAAGCGAACUAGCACAUCGUAUCUGCAGUCAUCUCACAGAAAAACUUGGUUAUAAGGUUUGGAUUGAUAUCGAACAAAUGCAUGGAUCGACAAUCGAAGCAAUGGCAAAUGCAGUCGAUGGGGCUGAGUUUAUUCUCAUGUGUAUGUCAGAGUCAUACAAACGCAGUGCAAAUUGUAAAUCAGAAGCCGAAUAUGCAUUCAAUCGUAAAAAACAUAUAAUUCCGAUUAAGAUGGUAAAAGAAUAUGCACCUGAUGGAUGGCUAGGUUUUAUAUUAGGCACAAGAAUGUAUAUUAAUUUUGCAACUCAUGAAUUCGAGACGGCAAUCGAGUUGCUCGAUAAUGAAAUACAGUUGCAGAAGAAAAAACGGAAAGAACUUGAAGAAAAUGUCAAAACGGAGAAGAAGAUUACAGUUGAUAGCGACAAUAUUAUAGAUGAAGAAAAAGAUGUUCAGAAUAAUCACGAUCAAACAGAAGAAUCAUUCGAUUGUAAACAUAUUCUGAAUUGGAAUGAGGAUGCUGUACAAGAUUUUCUCGCGAAAAAUAAACUCACGGAUUUAUUACCGAUUUGUAAUGGAAUGAACGGCAAUGAACUUUGUAAAUUAUAUGGUAUGUGCAAAAGCAGUCCAGUAGGGAUGUAUCGUUCAUUGAAAUCUGAACUGCUCAGAAUUCACAAACUUGUUUUACCAAUAUCUUCUUAUCUUCAUUAUAUGAGUCGUCUAGCUGAUAUUGAUGUUGAUUAUUUGUCGUUAGAUGAAUGCACUUACAGCAAUGCUUCAGAACAAGAUGUAACGGAUAUUGAAUAA